UGGCUCGCUCACAUGACAGACUUUCGCUUAUUCAAAACAUGCUGCAUUACUUCCGUUUUGCUUCUCAGCUUGUUUGUCAUGCUACUGAAAGCGCUUCAGUAGUUAUCGGGGAGUAACUUCUGAAAAAUCGGUAUAUAACAGGUCGAGAUUUUAAAAGUCGGUUGUCCGAAUGUUCUACCAUAAUCUGAACGAUAGCAAGAAUUGUACUGUUUUUAGUGGAUGGUUGAGAAAGCAAGGAGGUCAAUUUAAGAGUUUACGAACAAGAUGGUUUGAAAUUAAGGGGGAUCAGUUAUAUUACUUCAGAGAUAAAGCAGAUCCUAAGCCAUUGGGUGUUGUYCCUCUUGCUGGGAAUGAGGUUGUUAAGUAUCCUCGAGAAGAAAAUGAUCCUGGGAAAUUUAAAUUUGAGAUUAGAGCUGGCAAAGAUAGAGAUGGUAGGCAAGUUAUCGAUGGUCAUGAUACCUUUGUACUGAUUGCUUCAACAAUUGAAGAGAUGGACCAGUGGGUUGGUGUUAUAAACCGCAUUAUAUACCAGCCGUUUGGUGGGGGAAUGUUUGGUGGAGACUUGUCAGAAACAAUUAGAUUUGAAGCAAGGAAGGGUGGGGGAUUUGUUCCAAUUAUCAUGGAUACAUGCAUCGAAAAAAUACGACAGGAUGGUUUAGAUGAAGAAGGACUYUUUCGRCUGCCUGGUAACAUGAAAAUUACUGGGGAWUUAAAAUCRGCAUUCAACAAAGGUGAAAAUCCAGAUAUCAGUGACAGCGAUAUCCAUACGGUUUCAUCAKUACUCAAGAUGUAUUUAAGAGAGCUUCCAGAACCUCUUAUACCUUAUGACUUUUUUGAAGUUUUUCUCACAUCUGCUAAGUGCUAUGAGAUGUAUGAAGAAGAUGGAAUCAAGUCAAUUCAAAAACACCUCACACAACUACCAAAAGCCAACUUUAAUCUUCUAAAAGUUUUAUGUCGUUUCCUGUUUGAAGUACAAGAGCAUUCAGGAGUCAAUAAAAUGGACACACGUAACAUUGCAAUGGUUUUUGGACCUAAUAUUCUGCGGUCUGGUUCUGAAGAUCCGCAAGUGAUGAUGGAAAGCACUGCACAAGUCACAGCAUUGGUAUCCAUCUUAAUACGUCGACAUGAAAUAUUCUUUCCUCCCACCGAGGAUGAACAUCAUUAUACUAGAGAUAUUGCCAAUGGUACAUCUGAUCAAACACAGACUGGUCUACUCAUAGAUUUGGAACAAGAUACAAGCUUGCCAGCAAACUAUGAUCCCAAAUCACCAUCUGGGAACUUCAKUGGCGAUGAUAUGUUUAGUUCUGUUAYGACCAGAAAUGGACCAGUUACUGACAGCCAAACUCCUGAGAUGCAACUCGAAGAAUUAGAAAAUGAAACACGACUUCAACAACAACAAAUCGAAGAUCUAAAAACGAAACUUGAGGGUGAAAGAAAAGUCAGAGAAAUGUUAUUGAUUCGAUUGAAUGAUGAAAAACGAGCAAGAGAAGCUGCUGAAGAAAGACUUCGAAAGAUGAACGAAGCAAUAGAUGAAUUCAAUGCAAAACAUGGUGGAUUUUCAUUUUAAAUAAUGUAAUAUAUAUCACUUUUUAUCAUUGCAGGCAACAAACCUGUCCAAAUUUAAUCAGAAACUUUGUAUCUGCAAGUUGUUUUGUUUUUUUAAUUAUAAGUUGUAUUCAAAGGCAUACAGGAAUUUGAAAAUGGCCUAUAGAGUGGAAAUACUUGCAGAUACAAAUGUCAGUUAUGGUACAUUAAUGUAGAAUAUAUUAUUGCGAAUGUKCAAUUCAUGGUAAAAUAUUGAGAUAAUUUUUGUAUACAGCUCAUAUGCUUAUAUGAACUUUGAAAUUACAAAAAAAUACUUCAAAACCUUACAACCAUUGAAUUAUAAAUGUGCAUUUUAUACGUCAAAAUAACAUUACAAUUUUUGGUAUUUAUGAUGAAUACAUCCAUUAUUAGGAUGUUUACCACUAGAUAUUUCACUGUCAAACAUAAUUUAGCUGUUUCUAUAUUACCACAAAAGUAGUAUGGACUGCAGCAGUGAAAUUUCAAACCUUCAGGAGUUGAAAUUGAUGUAGAAAGUGUGAAAAUCAUUAUACCUUUAAAAGUUUUCAACGUUGUCAUCCUGUUCAAAAUGUCAAUUUUUGCUUCGGCUUUUCAGUACUUUUGAUCAAAGUUUUAUUAMUUGUACUGAAAUGAGCUAACAAAAUGUCUCUUCACAAGGAUAACACAAAUUUAAAUCUAUUAUCUUUUGGAAAAUCAUCUAAAUAAUUGCUGCAGAAAUUGCCAGUAUGRACAGGCCUUUUAUUAUGUUCUCCAACCCAGCAUGCUGCACAAACUUUUUUUGCUGUUUCAGGAUUCCUGUGCCUUUGCCUUAAUGUAGAAAAAAAUCAAAACAAUAAAUAGUGACAGCAAAGGAUUGGAAACUGUCAGUUCAUGUAAGAACUAAAUAUUAUAUAACCAUGCCUAUCAAAUAGAUUUUUAUGUGGUCAUAAAUACAGUAAACUUGAUUAGAAAAUGUUUAUUUCACCUUUUCAAAAAAAAAAGACAUAUAUAUUGAUUAUAUAAUUUAUAAUAAACUCAUUGGCUGAAGUAGAGAAAAGUCACGCCA